AUGAAAAAGAUCCUUGUUGUAGAUGAUGAUCCGUAUAUCCUGAUGUCGCUGGAAUUUCUGAUGAAGAAGGCCGGCUAUCAGGUCAUGAUCGCCCGUAACGGAACCGAGGCGCUGGAAAGUAUUGAACAUAAUAAACCGGCCCUGGUAUUGCUGGAUAUUAUGAUGCCGGAUGUGGAUGGUUAUUCUAUUUGCGGCCAUAUAAAAGCUAACCCCGCGCUUAGUGAUAUUAUCGUGGUCUUCCUCAGUGCACGGUCGAAGGAGGCUGAUAUUCAGAAAGGGCUGAGCCUCGGCGCAGCGCGUUAUAUCAGCAAGCCAUUUUCAACCCGCGACCUGAUGAAGCAG